AUGAAGCAGGCAGUCAUUCACGCCAAGGCCGAACACUUCAACUCUAAAGGAAUGCCUUCGGCAUCUCCUGGCCAGACGGCAAGCGCAAGUCAGCCUUCGGCAUCCACCUAUGACCGUUUGCCGCCGCACCAGACCGCUAAUCAAGCUCCUUGCCGAACGGCACCCACUGUGCCUGCACCUUGCACAAUUGGGGAUAAGCGAAGGGACUUGUUCUAG